UCAGUCAUAUGAGCACUUGACCACACAAGUCAGUCACCCUGAUUCAUCAGUUCUUACCCCCCUACACACACACACACACACAGACACACACACUUACGCGCGCCACGUCACGCCCUUAAAGUGAUACGGACGUUCCAAACAAACAUUGUCGUCUCGUCUGUAGGCAUCUGCCCAUCCACAACUCUUUGACCAUCCAUCCAUUCACACCAACCUUACUCAUCAACCACUUUCUUUGCCGUCAGGCCAUGCAGCCGCCACGCCGGCCGUGACUGCCUCUACAUAGCCAGAAGAAGAUGGCUUCUGCCUCGUCACCUCGGCAACACACGCCCGGACGCUCUCUCUCUGGUGAAACGCCCUGCCCACACUCGCCAUGACGUAGCCCAGCCCCUCCGCAGAGCAGCCAUCAUGGUGGGUGUGGGUGUGGGUGUGGGUGUGGGCGUGGGAGAGCAGCAUCUCGCCGAGGAGUCUCAUGACCGACACGAAGGCCUCCGGGGAGUCGGCUGCCAUGAUCAGGGAGGAGAGGAACCGCGCCAGCCGGUCCCAAGUGCACAGCUUCUUCUCUUUGUCCUUCUCCAUAUCCUUCUCCACAUCGGUCUCGGCCUCUGACCCUGCCCCUUGCUGCUGCUGCUGCUGCUGCUGCUGAAGGCACUCGACGACCACAUCCCGCAGCAGGGCCGCCUCUUCAUUGCCAUCACUGUCAUCUUGGUGUGUUGCGGUGAAGGCCAGCAUCGCCUGGAAGGUCUCCCCUGCUGUGAUGAGCCGAGCAACAGAGCUUGUGGCGGUGGGUGGCGGGGCUGCCAGUGGGCUGGGGGCGGUGCCGACAGAUUCAGAUCGGUCGACGAUUCUUCGCCGCUUGCUGAUGGGUGGCGGUGUUGGUGCUGCUGGUGGUGUUGUUGCCAGCCGCUGCCGCAGCGACGCCUUAAGAUGCUCCUCCACCCUCAGCUGGUGCUGCAGCCGGCUGAUCUGCGCCUGCUGGUCCUCGACCACCAUCUCCAGGGACUCCACCCGCUCCUCAUGCCGUUCACACGCCUCCCGCCAGCUGCGGGUCUCGUCGCGGUGCUCCACCAGCCGCCCCAUUGCCUCCCGCACCUUGAUCAUCGCUCGUUGCUCCUUGGCCUGCACGGCCGCCAUCUCCUGGCGCAGCCGAUUGUUCUCGCUGGAGAGGCACUCCUUGUCGAAUUCGAGGCGCUUCCGCGUCUUGGCGGCCUCCGACUGGCUGUCGCUCCGCAGCUGCAGGAUCUCCCGCCGGAGUCGGUCGUUCUCGGCCUUCAGUGUCUUGUCGGUCACUGCACGGCAAGGGGUGUUGUUGUCCGACCCGCACCCGAGCUGCUCCUCGAGCUGCUGCAGCUUCCGCCGGUCGGUCUCCCAGUAUGCCCGCAGCUUGUUCAGCGCCUCCCGCAGCCGCCUGGCCUCCUGGUGACCGUGGCUGCCUCGGUGGGACGACGACAGCUCGGCGGAGGUGUGUGAGGCGUAGCUGGUGAGCAUGGAGGCUGUCUCGUCGGAGCUGUCCUCUGCUGCUGUCGUGGAGCAUGCCGCCAUGCUGUGUGUGGGGGUGGCUGGCGU